AUGGCACUAAAACGUUCGGCAGCUGCGUUGGUCCGAAAUGGACAGUAUAUACUGCAGUCAUCGAGACGAUCAAGCUCUCUCGCGCGUUUUCAGUAUUGUGAGCUCCCGAACAAGUCUCAUGUGCACGUCAGAGGACCUGACUCCGUGAAGUUCCUGAACGGCCUAGUUACUUCAAAGCUGCUUCCUACGUACGUGAAGAAAAAGCUGACCACAAUAUCUGUCGAAGAAGAAGACGGGAUCGAGUCUGAGAAUGUUGAGCAGUUUGAUAUGACUAAAGGCAACUGGGGUCUGUUUAAUGAAGCUGGAGAGUUUGGCCCAUUUUUAUCGAGAUUUGGCACAUAUACUGGACUCUUAAACAGUAAGGGCAGGCUGCUUACAGAUGCGAUUAUAUAUCCUGUUCCCCUUUUGAUCGAUAGCGGCCCCGCGCGCAAAUAUCCCGAGUUCUUGGUGGAAGUAGAUCGCUCAAUAAGCGACAAAAUCGAGAAGAUAUUUGAUUCUCACACACUGGUAAGCAAAGUCAAGAGCCACUUAGUACCUGAUCAGAAGCUUAGGACAUGGCAUGUCUCAAUUGGCUUUCCGCAAAUGGCCGGUCUCGAGGAAAACCCGUGGAUCAACAAUCUUAUGACGCCUCUAGAGGCCUUAAAAACGCGCGAGAGCUCGCUCUCAUUCGCGCAGCACCUUCUCGCAACCUUCUUCGCGGGUGCAGAAGACAAAAUAGUAGCCGCGUUCAUCGACGCCCGCUACAAUAGUACCCUAUUUAAUGAUCCACAUGCUCCGCAAGUUUUCCGUAUCAUAACGCGAGCCGAGACCACAGAUUUGAGCAAAUCAUUUAAUCCACAAGGCUUUCCCUUCGAUUUCGCCAUAGAGGCGGUAACACCACAUCAUGCGCGUUGCCAACGUUUUGAAAGCGGCCUCAUUGAUGGCCUUGAAGACUUCAGACCCGAAACGCUUCUCCCACUCGAACUCAACUUCGAUUUCCUACCGAAUGCAGUUAGUUUCGACAAGGGCUGCUACGUGGGCCAGGAGCUCACAGCGCGGACAUUCUCCACAGGCAUUCUUCGAAAAAGGGCAGUACCUGUCAAGAUCGAAAACUCGCACUUUCUACAGGGAGCAGGCUUCGAGAAAUACCCGGCGAUUUUGGUCGAGAAAGAAAGCAAUGGAGACCAGGUAGAACCCUCGCCCCAGCCGCUAAGCCCUUUUUCCAGCUCCGUUAUUCCAAGGAAACAAAGGCGCCAGAGGCCAGCUGGCUCAUUACUGUGCUUUGAGGGCGACCGCGGCAUUGCCAUCCUCCGCUCUGAGUACUUUCAAAGCGCCUUUACCGACGCGGUCGACAGGCCCACCUUUCGUGUCGAACUGCCUGACACCGACGCCAGGGUCACCAUUGUCCCUCAGGUUCCGCAAUGGUACGAAGAGUGGCUAGAGCAAGAGGAACAAAACGAAUAA